CUUGAUGUCGCCAUAUACAUGAAUAUCAUUCGCCCUUCCUCAUGGAAAAUGCCAAAUUAUAUAUAAAUUAAGAACAUCAUAGUACGUAGUCUUUUGCCAGUUUUGUAGAUAGUAGUAUACUAUCGAUCACGUUCUAUUGAGUGCAUAUAAUUCUUAGCCUACCUAAAAAAUUAAUUAGAAUACUAUGUCUGUCGAACAGAACAAUAUUGACAGUACUGUUUGUCAUUGAAGAAACGUGAUUCAAUAUUCAAUUAAUAAUGGUAAUAUUUUGGAAAUUAAAAAUGAAAAAGGGACCUAGUCAGCGGGUUUUAGCGAUAGGAAAUUAAUCAAAGAAAAAACCAGGGAAGGGUAUAGCUAGCUAGCUAGCUCAUAUCAUGAUCGGUCGGGUAGUGAUCAAUUAAUGUACCAGUAGUUUUUCCCCCAGGUAAAACUGAUAACUAAACUAGCGCCGGUCAAGGCAAAAGGUACGUACUUCGUCUUGUUCUUCUAAUUAAACAAGGUCUAUUAUAAUGUUUUGAGCAUUUGACUUAUAUCGCCCUAGCUAGCCUGUUCCAUGUAUACAUCAUGAUUAGUUUUAUUCUUGUUUUGUUUUCUUUUGGGAAUGUGUAUUAUCCAUUUAUUAAUUAAUUAAAUUAAAGGUCAAUAAAAUUGGGUAGGAAGAAUAAUUAUUUAAAGCUUGGGGAUAAUUCUCUUCUAGACUCGCCCCCCCUCGGGGAGGCUCGGGGGAUUUAAGUAUAUAGUUUAUGUCUUAUGAUUGGAAUCUCUCUCUCUCUCUGACUGACUAACUUCCUCUCUUUGAAUUUGUCAACAAGUCCUUUUGUAUUCCGUUGACUUUCUUUUUCAGUCCCAUGUUUUAUUCUGAUCAGACUCCAACAUUACUCUUCGUAUAAUAAACAACAGACACUAUAUAUAUAUAUAUAUAUAUAUAGAGAGAGGGAGAGAGCGAUAUAUACUUGUAUAUAUGUAGGAACUGCAUGCAAUUAAUCUUUAAUUCUGUGGGGAACUUGCAAGAGGUUGCUAUUGGUUACCUCCACCGUCAUCGACUCUGCAAUCUCCUUCGUUAUAAUUUUUUCAGCAUCGUUAAUUAGUAUUGGUUUUGCAUCGAGCGGAUGGCCUCCAAACUGGAAUAUGAGCGUACAGUGGAGGACACGCCAACAUGGGCUGUUGCGGUGGUGUGCUUCGUGUUGAUUGUUGUUUCAAUCUUCAUUGAGUAUAUUAUUCAUGUUAUUGGACAUUGGCUAAAAGAUAAACACAAGAGAGCUCUUUACGAAGCACUUGAAAAGAUCAAAGCAGAGCUGAUGCUACUGGGAUUCAUAUCCUUGCUCCUAACAGUGUUACAACAACCUAUUUCGGGAAUAUGUAUAUCGAAGAGUGUUGGAGCCACUUGGCAUCCCUGUGAACAGUUGAAGAGUCAGACAAAGAAAAAUUAUCAGAACAGUACUGGUCGGAAACUACUACAAUUUUUGGAAUCUGGCUUCGGUGAGAGGCGAAGGUUAGCUACAAAAGGAUAUGACAAAUGCGCAGAAAAGGGUAAAGUUGCCUUUAUGUCUGCGUAUGCGAUUCACCAGCUCCAUAUAUUCAUCUUUGUCUUAGCCGUUUCUCAUGUGCUCAACUGCAUCGCCACCUUGGCUUUGGGCAGAACAAAGAUGAGAAAAUGGAAGGUCUGGGAGGAUGAAACAACGACACUUGAAUAUAAAUACUCUAAUGAUCCAGAGAGAUUUAGAUUUGCAAGGGAUACAUCAUUUGGGCGGAGGCAUUUGAACUUCUGGAGCGAGUCAACAAUCUCCCUUUGGCUAGUGUGUUUCUUCAGACAGUUCUUCAGGUCAGUUGCCAAAGUUGAUUACCUCACACUGAGACACGGAUUUAUCAUGGCACAUUUGGCACCCGAAAGUCAAACAAAAUUUGAUUUUCGAAAAUACAUCACCAGAUCACUUGAAGAGGAUUUUAAAGUUGUGGUUGGGAUCAGUCCAAUCAUAUGGUUCUUUGCGGUGCUAUUCCUACUGUCGAACACAUAUGGCUGGUAUUCUUAUCUAUGGCUACCAUUUCUCCCAUUGAUUAUAAUCCUGAUGGUGGGAGCAAAGCUACAACUGAUCAUUACAAAAAUGGGGCUAAGAAUUCAAGACAGAGGUGAUGUGGUCAAGGGUACGCCUGUGGUACGUCCAGGUGAUGACCUUUUCUGGUUUGGACGCCCUCGGCUCAUUCUCUUUCUUAUCCACAUUGUUCUCUUUCAGAAUGCAUUUCAACUCGCAUUCUUUGCUUGGAGUUGGUAUGAAUUUGGCAAGAGUAAUUGCUUCCAUAAGCGCAUCGAAGAUAUCGUCGUAAGAAUCUCAAUGGGGGUCAUCGUACAAGUUCUAUGCAGCUAUGUGACUUUGCCUCUCUACGCUCUAGUGACUCAGAUGGGCACUAACAUGAGAUCCACCAUUUUCAAUGAUCGAGUGGCAGCAGCGUUAAAAAAUUGGCACCGCACGGCAAAAAAGAACACUAAACAUAGCCAUCAUUCCCAUGAUCAGCAGUCUAAUUCACCAUUGUCGAGUAGGCCAGCGACUCCCUCACACGGGACGUCCCCAGUUCACCUCUUGCGCAACCAUCGCCAUAGCAGCCUCCAAAGCUUGCAUGCAUCUCCAAGAAAGUCUAAUAUUCUUGAAAAUAAUAUUGCAGCUUAUGAUUGCGACCUAGAGCUAGAAGAGUACUUACCAUCCCCAAAUAAUUACCCAAGUACUGGAGCUGAUCAUCAUGAAUAUUCUGAGGGGAUAAGGCCAGUUCAAGAGCCAAACUCGACGCAAUUGCCUCCAGUAGCACUACCGGGAGCUCUUGAUCUCUCUCAACAUGAAAUCAACAUGAAGUUGUCGGAUUUUCGCAAAGAAUAAGGCAAAGCAGGUUGGAACGGAACAUAUAUAGGAGCUGAAUGCCUGAACGUCGCCAACGCAGCUUGUAGCAUAUAUAGUGUACAUUUGUUUGUGCAUGAAAUACGUCGUAAUUGGUGCCUGGUGGAUUAGGAAGCAGCAAUGAUGGCAUCGUUUCUCUUUAGGGCGACGUACAUUUUGAUUGAUUUCGAGACAUGAUAUAAAUUAAUAUAUAGUACUUUCCUUUCGCACCCAUAUAUAAA